GACCUCAGCGGCAUCGUAGUAUGCUGGGGUAUCCAUCAAGUCAAACAAAUAAAAAAUAACAAACAAAGUUAAACAAAUAAAAAACAAAAAGCAUUCAUACCACAGAAAAUAAUAAGAUACGUAGAUAAUCCCGCGACAAGCGGGAUCUCAUUAUUUAGAUAAUUCCUCCCCUAGAUUUCUGCCUAUUCCUCGAUGGCACAUCUGGGAACAUAACCUCAAUCCUCUUGACGCCAGAUUAGCAAAUAAUCUUGAAUAAUAUAUCGUUUUUUGAUAGUGAAUAUUCGAUCUGUGUACGGUGACUGUGUCAAUAAUUAACCAACAAUGUCCAUCGAGAUUGAAUCCGCAGAUGUCAUUCGACUGAUCCAACAAUAUUUGAAGGAGUCAAAUCUCGUGAAAACAUUGCAAACAUUACAGGAGGAAACAGGCGUAUCUUUGAACACAGUUGACAGUGUAGAUGGUUUUGUAGCGGAUAUAAACAAUGGACACUGGGACACUGUACUAAAGGCCAUUCAGUCUCUCAAGUUGCCAGACAAAAAGCUCAUAGAUCUUUACGAGCAAGUGGUUUUAGAAUUGAUUGAACUGAGGGAAUUGGGAGCAGCGCGUUCGUUACUUAGACAAACGGAUCCAAUGAUUAUGAUGAAGCAACAGGAGCCUGAACGUUACAUUCAUUUAGAGAAUCUUCUCGCCCGAUCGUAUUUCGAUCCUCGAGAGGCCUAUCCAGACGGCAGUACCAAAGAAAAACGUCGUGCCUACAUAGCAAGCGCCCUAUCCGGAGAAGUAUCAGUUGUGCCCUCAAGCAGAUUGCUAGCUCUCCUGGGUCAAGCACUGAAAUGGCAACAGCACCAGGGUUUGCUUCCCCCAGGCACAACAAUCGAUCUGUUCCGAGGUAAAGCAGCAGUGAGAGACCAGGAGGAUGAAAAAUAUCCAACACAGCUAUCAAAGCAGAUUAAAUUCGGUCAGAAAUCGCACGUGGAGUGUGCGAGAUUUUCACCAGAUGGUCAAUACUUGGUUACUGGCUCAGUGGAUGGUUUCAUCGAGGUAUGGAAUUUUACAACAGGAAAAAUACGAAAGGACCUGAAGUAUCAGGCACAGGACAACUUUAUGAUGAUGGAGCAGGCAGUGCUGUCCAUGGCCUUCAGCAGAGACAGUGAAAUGCUGGCGACUGGUUCACAGGAUGGAAAGAUCAAGAUAUGGAGGAUGCAGAGUGGUCAGUGCCUCAGGAGAUUUGAGAAGGCACAUGCCAAAGGUGUCACUUGUAUUCAAUUCAGCAGGGAUAAUGGCCAAAUUCUUACAGCCUCAUUUGAUGCCACAAUUAGAAUUCACGGUCUCAAGUCGGGUAAAACAUUGAAGGAAUUUCGAGGGCAUUCCUCUUUUGUCAAUGAAGCUGUCUUUGCACCUGAUGGGCAUCAUGUUAUCUCAGCAUCCUCUGAUGGUACUGUCAAACUGUGGAGCUUGAAAACAACCGAGUGCAUAGGCACUUACAAAUCUCUGGGUGCUGCAGACCUCACUGUCAACAGUAUUCACCUAUUGGCGAGAAAUCAAGAGAAUUUUGUCGUCUGCAAUCGCUCCAACACUGUUGUUAUCAUGAAUAUGCAGGGCCAAAUUGUCAGGUCGUUCUCCAGUGGUAAGAGGGAAGGCGGGGACUUUGUUAGUGCUGUUGUGUCACCCAGGGGUGAAUUUAUUUACUGCGUUGGUGAGGAUCUCGUACUCUACUGCUUUUCAACGUCGUCUGGAAAACUCGAGCGAACGUUAAACAUUCAUGAGAAGGAUGUCAUUGGCCUUGCUCAUCAUCCACAUCAGAAUCUACUCUGUUCGUACAGUGAGGAUGGCCUCGUUAAACUGUGGAAACCGUGAGGUGAUUUUGGGAUUUUAAUGCCAGGUGGUACUUGGGAUGGCAGGUUUGGGUUAUCUUCAUGGGAUUUGUUCUUGUGGAUUGCAGUUGAGGGGAGAGGGAAAAUAUUUGGGGUCCAUCAGCACAAACGUUGUAAUUUUCAGGGAUUUACCAACUAUUUUCCCCACGUGGAAUUCAUAACGUCGAGCUCAAAAGAUUUAUCAUCUCUUGGUGAUUGAUUUUUUUUUUGGGACAAAGGGGAAUGGAAACACUGCCAACAGUACAAUUACAAAGAAUUUCAUGAAAUUAUUAAAUUAAUACAAUUAUCAUCCUUUCCAGUGUGUAUAUAAUUGAAAGACUUAGACCCAAUAAUUUCAUUUGAGGAGACUGUUAAUUAAAAUCUAGAAUAAGACGAGUC